AUAACAAACUAAAAGUAAGCAAAAGAAGGCAAAGAGAGGCAUUGAUUGAGAAAGAUAGAGGUCCUCCUUUGUAGGAGAUCAUUGAGGAAAGACAGCAACGGUUCCUUUCGUACUUUUUAGUGUCCACCAUGUUUUCCUUUUCUUUUUGUUGAGAACCCCUGUUAUUCCAAAUCUCAGGGGUCCCAACCGUUAAUUUAAAGUGGUGCUUCCGGCAGCGUGUUUGUUCAUUUUGAACGUAUAACUUUUGGCCGGAACCCAGAAAUAUCUUGAUACAUGUAUUUGUGAGAAACAAAAACAGGAACAAUGUCUUCCCCUACUGACUCUUCUCCAGAUAACUCCACACCUGAUAACUCCACACCAGACAAUAGUACCCCUGAUGAUGCUGAUAACUCUUCUUCGCCACCAUCACCACCAUCACAAUCACCGCCAUCACAAUCACCGCCAUCACAAUCACCACCAUCACAAUCACCACCAGUAGAACCACCACCACAGUCACCGCCACCAUCACCGCCUUCACAGCCCCCGCCCUCCCCUUCACCAUCCCCACCAUCUCCUUCACAAUCACCGCCAACUCCUUCACAGUCACCACCACCUUCACCGCCUUCACAAUCACCACCAUCACCUUCACAAUCAACACAACCUUCUCCUCCCCCACAUACACCAAACAACCCAUCCCCUCCAUCACCCAAUGGAGGCUCACAGCCACCACCUCCGGUAGCGGGCCGUUCACCCUCGACCGGAUCCGGAUCAACCCCACACAAAUCAUUACCUAAUACACCAUCUUCAGGAAAUUCAAAUGAUAAUUACAAUAAUGACAACAACAGUAAUGAUGAUACCAAGGCAAUAAUUGGAGCAGUGAUUGGAGUGGGAGGUGUUCUUCUCAUUUUUAUCAUUGUUUGUGUUAUUUGCACCAGGAAGAAGAAAAGAAAGCAAAUGUACUAUUAUGGAGAUCACCCAUCUCAUGGAAAAGGGAAUAAUAAUAACUAUUACAACAGUGGGCCGCCCCCAAAUUACUACGGAGGUCCACAUGGGGAACAUGUUGUUAGGGUACAAAAUGGAAUGGGUCCUAAUGGUGGUGGUGGGUGGGGUGCACCACCUCCUCUGAACCUAAUGAGCAGUGCAGACAUGAGCUCAAAUUACUCGACCGGACCACCUCCUUUGCCUCCUCCCUCACCAAACCUUGCUUUAGGGCUUAAAGGAGGCACCUUCACUUAUGAGGAAUUGGCCGCGGCAACCGACGGAUUCAUAGAUGCCAAUUUGAUAGGACAAGGUGGUUUCGGUUAUGUCCAUAAGGGUGUGUUGCCCAGUGGAAAGGAAAUAGCUGUCAAGAGUUUAAAAUCGGGUAGCGGCCAAGGAGAGCGGGAGUUUCAAGCUGAGAUUGACAUAAUCAGCCGUGUUCAUCAUCGUCAUCUUGUCUCACUUGUUGGAUACUGUAUUUCUGGUGGUCAAAGAAUGUUGGUCUAUGAAUUUAUUCCGAAUAACACGUUGGAGUUUCACCUUCAUGGAAAGGGUCGACCUACCAUGGAUUGGCCAACUAGAAUGAGGAUUGCAAUAGGUUCUGCUAAAGGGCUUGCUUAUCUUCACGAGGAUUGUCAUCCUCGCAUCAUUCAUCGUGACAUCAAAGCUGCAAAUGUCCUUAUCGAUGAUAGCUUUGAAGCAAAGGUUGCUGAUUUUGGGUUGGCUAAGUUAACCAGUGACAAUAAUACUCAUGUAUCAACUCGUGUCAUGGGAACUUUCGGGUACCUAGCCCCUGAAUAUGCAUCAAGUGGAAAAUUGACAGAGAAGUCUGAUGUUUUCUCAUUUGGGGUUAUGCUAUUGGAACUGGUAACUGGAAAGCGACCUGUGGACGUCACAAUUACCAUGGAUGACAGCUUAGUGGAUUGGGCUAGACCACUACUAACUCGUGGACUGGAGGAGGAUGGAAACUUUAGUGAGUUGGUGGAUCCAUUUUUGGAAGGAAACUACAAUCCUCAAGAACUCACAAGAAUGGCAGCUUGUGCUGCUGCUAGCAUUCGUCAUUCUGCCAAGAAGCGUCCUAAAAUGAGUCAGAUUGUAAGAACAUUGGAAGGAGAUGUUUCACUGGAUGAUUUGAAGGAUACAAUUAGGCCAGGGCAUAGCACUGUUAAUACCUCUUCAUCUGGUAGUUCAGAGUAUGACACAAUGCAAUAUAAUGCUGAUUUGCAGAAGUUCAGAAAGGCAGUGUUUUCCAGCCAGGAGGAAUUUGGCAACAGCAGUUGCUCCAGUGGUGAUAUGAGCCAAACUUCAAAGCAGAAGCCACAACAAUUUCUUUAAGCUGUUGAUCAUACAUAUGAAAGGAAUUACAUGGAAAAAAAAUUCAAGGGGGUUGCUUUGUUUGAUAUAUAUUGUUUCCUUGUAAUGGGAAGUAAUUAAUAUCUCAUUUUGUGGAGAAUUAUUGAGUUUGAGGCUCUUGUUGAUCAGGGUGUGUUUGAGGAGUAAGUUUAAGCAAGUGUGACCUGCUUCCUUAAUUUGUUCACUGUAUUUUAUAUUGUGUAAUGUAAUAUGAUUAUGAUUAUUCUGUGCUUGGGGAGAUAUACAUAGGCAUAUAUACCUUUGAAUGGAAUGCAUAGACAUAUUUACGUUUAUUAUAUUGAAUCAAGUUUCUUUUGAUGCA